CAAAGAAUAGAAGGGAGAUAUUCGCAUACCUAUCAAAUAAUUUUCAGUUGAGGUAUUCACUAGUUAUCUCUCGUCUCCAAAAGAAACCUCUUCGCACAUCCGUACAUCAUGAGAACGCUUUUCCUCUUGGCGUUCCUUGUCACAAUCAUCUCAGUUCAGACAGCUUCAUCGAAGAAAUGUUCCACGAACCCAGCCAAGAUCGAAUGUACGGCCACAGAAUACCAAAACUACGUAGACUGCAUCCGAAGUCGUAUGAAGAGAAGCGCCGAUUGUUACGAAGACGAUGAGGAAGAAUGCCCUUCUGGUGAUUGUGGAAACUCUUGCGACAACUGCAACUGCGACGAAUGUACAUCCAGCAACUGCGGAAACUCUUGUAACAGAAGGUGCUGCAGUUCCUGUUGUGAAUUCAAAGAGUGCUCGACCAACCAUUGCUGCCACAGACUCUGCCACAACUCCUGUUCAACCUCAUCGUGCAGAAGCUCUUGCAGAAGAUCCUGUUAUAAGUCAGUCAGAAGAGAGAAGGAGCGAGACAUUAUCAUCCCUGGGGGUGAUCGCUCAUCAACUAACUCGUCUAAUUUGGUAAAUAACAGAGGAACCCAUAACAUAACCACCGUCAUCCAUUUGAACAACCUUAUCAACAACACGAACCUUAUAGAUGUGCCCAUAAACUUGAACAACUCCAAUGUGAACAACAUCACAGUCGAGAAUUCCCAAAAUGGCUCUUCUGUAUAUGGUGCUAGCAGUAAUUCGCCCUGUUGUAACGUUGUUGAACCACGCCAAUGUGUACCAACUGCUUCUUAUCCUUACAUCGAUUGUUUCCAUUUGAGGAGGCAACAAUGUGGCCAGUUCUGUAGAGCACCAGUUGUGCACAAAGUAGCACAAAAUGUCUGUUAUAACUCUGCUAACAAUACCCCAGUUUGCGGCCAACAAGUGAUUUAUGUUCCGCAGCCAAGAACCUCUUGCAGUUAUCAACCACAAUGGCCAUUCGUAGCUUGUAACAACCAGGGUGGAGAUUGCAACGGUUGUUACGAUUACCUACUGAAUCCUUUUAGAACCCAGAGAAGUUGUGGAUCUUCUUGUUACAACUAUGGGGUGAACCAAGGGAUGAUGUUUAGACAAGGCCCUGUUUUUGGUCCUGGAUAUUCACUUCCACCAAUGGUCAAUCCAAUGAUGCCGACAGGGUGUAAUAGUUACAGUGGUUGUGGCUUGACCAACAUGGCCACCUAUAUAAACCCAGGAAUGUACUACGGUGCUAAUACCUACAACAACUACGGAAUAUAUGGAAGUUUCACUCCUCAGGGUAUACCAGGCUAUGAUCCUAACUAUGGUAUGCAACUACAAGGAUAUGGGGGUAAUCUGAUGGCAGCACUGACAGGUGGUGCUAAUAUGGGAAAUAUUCCUCUUCCACUAGAACAAUUUGUGCCAAUGAAUCUGACAGCAAAUGCUACGAAUGUAUUAUAUGGAUUAAUAACUAAUCAGACAUCACCUCUAACUCCAAUAAGUGGUUUGCCAGAUAAUAUGUUUGGACAAGCGAUAACUAUAGAUGAAGAAACGUUCAAAAAACUUCUCGGACAAGACAUUUCGAAUGGAGUGAUCACUCCCAACGAGGAUAAGACCAUUUCUAACAACAAAGAAAGUGAAGUUGAAGUCGCGCGUGUUACAGAAAAUGAACCUACAACUACCACAUAUUCUUCACUUGUAUUCGGACGUUGAAGUUCUUUUCUUUUCUUUCUUUCUUAUGAAAGAUUUUUUGUGUAUUCUAAAUGUUUCAUAAUAAGAUAGAUAUAAGAUAUAAACAC